ACCCGCGCGUCCUGCCUCACUCUUAUUGGUGGAGGCGCCCCGGGUUCUGGGUCUGGACCUCAGCGCCCAGCUCCUUACCCUCUGCCGGCUCCACUGUUGACCUCCGUGGAGGCGGUAUAAGACCAGGAUUGCAAGGCAGCCUGGCCGUCGGACUCAGCAAGGACGGGCAGGGGGGUUUUGGUUUCAUCCGGGCGCUCCAGCCUUCGUUCCGGCUUACCCUUCUCCAACGACCUCCUAUGUCCGGCAUGUUUACCAGGGCCCAGGUGAGGCGGGUUCUGCAGCGGGUGCCCGGGAAGCAGAGAUUCGGCGUCUACAGGUUUCUGCCCUUCUUUUUUGUCCUCGGAGGAACGAUGGAAUGGAUCAUGAUUAAAGUGCGCGUGGGCCAGGAGACCUUUUAUGACGUCUACCGCAGAAAAGCCUCAGAAAGACAGUAUCAGAGAAGGCUGCAAGAUGCAUCAGAGACUGAACUUCAGCAGUCAGUAAAUGGUCAUGUAUGGAUGUGAGAGUUGGACGGUGAAGAAAGCUGAGCACUGAAGA